AUGGAGGACCAAGACAGCCCCCAGGCGCCGUUGAUGGCCGGCAACGAGGACCGGGCCGACGAGCGUCGCUCCUCCGACGCCGGCGACGAGCUCCCGCCGCGCCAGCCCGGAAAACCGGCCGACACAAACCCCGGCGCCUUCGUCCUGGCCCUCACCCUCGCCGCCGGCAUCAGCGGCCUCCUCUUUGGAUACGACACCGGCGUCAUAUCGGCGACUCUCGUCUCCAUCGGCUCGGCGCUCUCGAACCGGCCCCUGACGUCCAUGGACAAGUCCAUCAUCACGUCGUCGACAUCGCUCUUUGCCCUCGUUGCGUCGCCACUGUCAUCGGUCCUCGCCGACAAGCUCGGCCGCAAGCGCGUCAUCCUCUACGCCGACGUCCUCUUCAUCGCGGGGGCCCUCAUGCAGGCGCUGGCCUCGACGGUGCCCGUCAUGAUCGCCGGCCGGUGCAUCGUCGGCGCGGGCGUCGGCGCGGCGAGCUUCGUCGUGCCGCUGUACCUGGCCGAGGUGGCGCCCGCCGAGCACCGCGGCCGCGUCGUCACCACAAACGUGCUCUUCAUCACCCUGGGCCAAAUGGUCGCCUAUCUCGUCGGCUGGGCCUUUUCCGCCUACGCUGCCAAGGAGACAGGCUGGCGGUGGAUGGUCGGGCUCGGCGCCGCGCCUGCCGCCAUCCAGGGAGCCCUUGUGGUCUUUAUGCCCGAGACGCCGCGCUGGCUCGUCAAGGUUGGUCGCUUGGCAGAUGCCAGGCGCGUCGUUCAGAGAAUCUCGGCCUCUACUGGGAAUGCGGAUGCCGUUGUCAAGGAAAUCGAGACCGAGGCGGGCCAAGAAGACGAAGCGAGGCGGCUUGGAGAGUGCCGGGGACAGGGCUCCGGGAAAUGGCUCGGGGCGUGGCGGGAGCUUCUGGGCGAGGGCAAGAACCGCAGGGCACUGGCGAUUGCUUGCCUGCUACAGGGACUCCAGCAGCUAUGCGGGUUUAACUCGCUCAUGUACUUCUCGGCCACGAUAUUUACGCUGGUCGGGUUCACGAGUCCAACCCUGACGUCCCUCAGCGUAGCCGUGACUAACUUCAUAUUCACGCUCGUGGCACUGGGCCUCAUCGACCGGACGGGCCGGAGGCGCAUGCUGCUCUACUCGAUGCCGGUCCUGAUGCUGGGGCUCCUGCUGGCCGCCGUCGGCUUCUCCUUUCUCUCGCUUAGCUUGACGUCGACGGUCCUGGCAUCAGAUGAAUCGGGGCAGGCCGGCGCCGCUAGCCUGGUGCUGGCCAGCAUCAUGGUGUACGUGGCGUCGUAUGCGCUGGGCCUGGGCAACGUGCCGUGGAUGCAGAGCGAGCUAUUCCCGCUCGCGGUGCGGUCGCUGGGCAGCGGGGUGGCGACGGCGACCAACUGGACGGCCAACUUUGCCGUCGGGCUGACCUUUUUGCCGCUCAUGGACGCUCUGAGCCCAUCGUGGACCUUUGUGCUGUACGCGGCUGUGUGCGCCGUGGGAUAUGUGCUGGUGUGGCGUAUCUACCCCGAGACGGCCGGGCUGAGCCUGGAAGAAGCGACGGCCCUGCUCGAGCAUGGCUGGGGGGUCCAUUGA